AUGGCUGACCGUGAUCCAGACAUGGAAGAUCCUUUCCUCGUUCUCAUCAUGGGAUGUGUCGGCCUCGGUCUCAACAUAAUCAGCAUCAUAUUCUUGCAUGAACACCAUGAUCAUGCCGGCGGACAUGCUCACAGUCACUCACACGAGCAAAAUGAGCAUGCGGAUGAAUCGGUUAAGGACGAUUCACGGCACUUUUUGGAUGCACAUGCUUCUCAUGCCGAACACCGCCACAACCUCCAAGUUCCCCUGGCCAAAGGCCAUGCUCAUGAUCUUGGGAUGGCCGGGGUUUUGCUUCAUGUGGUCGGUGACGCCAUCAAUAACCUGGGAGUGAUCCUGGCUGCUGUCAUCAUCUGGAAGACAAGCUCGGAAGCCAGGUUUUACGCUGACCCUGCAAUCAGCACAUUUAUCGCCAUCAUGAUCUUUAUUACGGCAGUCCCACUUGUGCGGAAGAGUGGUGAAAUCUUAUUGCAGAGCGUACCAAUCGGUCUCAGUCCAUCUGAUGUAACGCACGAUCUUGAGAAGAUACCCGGUGUCGAUUCGGUUCAUCACCUCCACAUCUGGCGCCUUGACCAGACUAAGACGGUCGCAUCUGUACACAUAGUGGUUAAGGAUGAAGCCAUUUCCGACUUCAUGACAAAGGCUCGCACAGUGACGGAGUGUCUCCACGCGUAUGGAAUUCACACUGCCAUUAUUCAGCCCGAGGUUGCGUUGCAUCAGGGGCGAGCUCUGCCGGCAGUACUCUCUGAUGCGGAUCAGACUUCAAUAGGUGUCUCUACGCUAGUGCCGCCGUCUUCAUCAUCAUCAUCAUCAUCACCAUCUUCUUCUUCUUCUUCUUCUAAUUCAGUGCAAAGUGGCACAAGAUGCCAGAUGCCAUGCAGCAGUCUUUGCGAAGAUCUCCGGUGCUGCACUUAG